UUAACAUUUAUCAGGAACUCCACAACCCACACAAGUUUCUUUUCUUACAUUUGAUGGUUGGUUACGAAGAUCCUCCUUUUUUUUUCUUAUUAUUUUUGUAGAUGCAUUUCCAACUUUAUUCAUUUCUUCUCAUCGAAGAUUUUUCUUAACUUUAUUAAUCUUUGGGUAGCAUUUCGAAAAAAAGAAGAAAAAAUGGCCAGCUACAGUACAUGCUAAUUUCAUCCGGAGAAGUAUUCAACCUUCGUCUCGUCUCGCCUCAUCUCGUCCUGUCCCGUCUUAUUAUUAUUCAUUUAUCUCUUCUCUAUACCCACCCUAUCAUCCGCUUAGGACACCUGGCACUAGUGGGCACGCGACAGCAUUCGCUUCCCAUCUUUUCACUUUUAGACUACAUAUCACAUUCUUAGCUUGUAUAAAAAGCUUCGCCCACUUCAUGUCUUUUUAUAUAUGACAUAUCGUCCAAACAAGUAGCCAUGAAUACCGGUAUUGGGUCGGCGGCCAUCGUGGUUGAAAAUAGCCCCGACACAGUAGCUAAGAGGGCUCACUACAGUCCCCCAUGGGCUGAUUUGAGUAUCAUCGGCAUUGCGGGCAGCUCCGGGUCCGGAAAGUCGACUUUAUCCCACGCUAUUGUUAGCAAGUUGAACUUGCCAUGGGUUGUCAUCUUGUCAAUGGAUUCUUAUUAUAAACCGUUAAGCCCCGAGGCUUCUAAGAAGGCCUUCCUCAACGAAUAUGAUUUCGAUUCACCAGAGGCGAUAGACUUUGAUGCGUUAUUACAGACUCUGAAGGAUCUCAAAGCCGGUAAACGUGCCGAGAUACCAGUAUACUCGUUUGAGAAGCAUCAGCGUCUGAAAGAGACAACCGCUAUAUACUCUCCUCAUGUUCUCGUUCUGGAGGGAAUCUUUGCCCUUUAUGAUCAGAGGGUGAUGGACCUCAUGGACAUGAGAGUCUAUUGUGAGGCAGAUGCGGACACAUGUCUCUCGAGGAGAAUUCUUCGAGAUGUGAAAGACCGAGGUCGUACAGUAGAAGGCUGCAUUAAGCAGUGGUUUGGCUUCGUAAAGCCGAAUUAUGAGAAGUAUGUCUUGCCACAGAGGAACCAUGCCGACAUAAUUGUGCCACGAGGAAUAGAAAAUCGAGUUGCUAUGGCUAUGGUCACGCAAUAUAUCGAAAGGAAACUAUUAGAAAAGUCCACGCGCCAUCGAGCCGCUCUAAGAAGCCUGGAGGCUGGGUGUGAUAGCGAGCCUCUCUCCGACCGUGUCAUCAUUCUUAAGGAAACCCCCCAACUCAAAGGCAUGAAUACUAUCGUUCGGGACAUUGACACUUCGAGCGAGGACUUCAUAUUUUAUUUCGAUCGGUUUUCAUGCUUACUCAUUGAAGAGGCCCUGAAUAACGCCCAUUUCAAAGAGUUCGCCGUCGAAACCCCUUCUGGAAGGACAUAUAACGGACUAGUUCCCAAGGGCGAAGUUAGCGCAGUUAUUGUACUUCGUGGAGGUGCCGCUUUUGAGGCUGGGCUAAGGAGAGUAAUUCCAGAUGGUCGUACAGGACGUCUCCUCAUCCAGUCCAACGUCCGCACCGGAGAGCCGGAGCUUCAUUACCUGAAACUUCCCAAGGAUAUCAAUACACAUGAUACAGUGUUACUCCUAGAUGCCCAGAUGUCUAGCGGAGGCUCUGCACUAAUGGCCGUCCAAGUCCUCGUAGACCAUGGAGUCCCACAGGAUCGUAUUGUCUUUGCGACAUACUCGGCCGGCUACGUAGGUGUCUACCGUCUGACGAAAGUGUUCCCGGAGGUCACCGUCGUCAUCGGUAACAUGGUCGCCGAUUUUGAAGAAAGGUGGGUAGAGAAGAGAUACUUCCGCUGCUAAAACAAGCAGGCGUAAGUAUUAAUGCGAGAACCUCGACGAACCUCGAGGACAGCUCAACCGUUGUGAGUUCCAAAUCAUAGGUCUCAUUCGUGUUAUAUCAUUCCCCUAUAAAUGAGCACAUAUAUAUCUUUCAAAUACCGUCAUCUUCUAGAAUGAUAUUUAGGGUUGGCAAGUCAAUAUGCAUCAAGCAGUCAUGGUUUUAGAUAUCCUUGCUGCCACAUCCUACGGGGAUGCCGCAUUGUCAGCCGUCAGCUACAACAUAUUAUACAUAACAGCACCAUCUUCCCUAUUCGGCUGGUGAUGCAUGCUUAGUCGUGGUUGUAAAUGGGAGUUAACUCCUCUAAUAGAACCAACAGCAGCAGGUAAUAUUUAUCAAAUAUUUGUCACUCAUCUUGCCAUAAGUUGAUCUGAUAAUCGGAGGAUCCUGGUGUCCCCAUUUCGUCUGAAAUUGCCGCCGCUUACGACAUCACGCCCCGCAAAGGCUACAGAACUGGGACUAUUAGGAUGGUGCUUGGUAUCCUAAAACUUC